AUUGGGUCGGUAAUAUGAAAUCUUAAUGUUGUCUAUUGUUCCAGGUACCCCAUCCACAUCAAGCCACCAAGCAGGCACAGCGGUCAAAUAUCCGUUACUAGUCAUCAGGAUGAUAGGGAAAUGAUCCGGCGGCACGUUGCGGACGAUGUCGGUUCCGGUUCCGGGACCCACCACCGAGGGCUGAGCGACUCGCCGGCAUCGGUGCGACGACCUUUACCCCCACCCUUACCACCACCGUCUUCAUUGCUACCAUCCAAUAUGGACGCUACUGUCGUUUCAACUGAUACGAUUUGCCCUGUGCUGGUCACAUCGGCCACUGUAGAGGGCAGCCCACCUUCCACCACCUGUACAACCCGCGAUCGGAAGUCCGCUCGCAUCUCAGAAGAUGGCUCUAACCGAUGGCGGACUGGAGGAAGACGAAGCGGGUUGAUAGACGAAGAAGUUGCUGUCAUACUCAAAAGUGAUAUCUGUGAUUGUUCUCAUUGUGAAGAAGACUGCCGCAUUCGCAUCUUUACUAGUUAUCUUAAUCUAAUCCUAGGAUGUAUAUUGAAAAUAUUUAUGUGCCUAUGUAAAAGUAAUCGGUCAAUUUUGAGUAGGAGAUACUCGAGUACAGGUCACGCCACUUUACUUCUUGCCGCUCUGUUGCUGUCAACGACGCGAGUUCACGGGUUUGCCAACGAGUUUGACAAGACGGAACAAUUCUUGGAUAAAAUUAACCUGGAACAGAGCAUCGCGGCUGUCUUUAACAAGGUAGCCUACGGUAGUACCACCAAACGAUCCAUACCGGAUAACGCGUAUCCGGUGACAACGCUGGCAACGCCGCUUUUGACUACCUACCGAUAUUCGGACGGCAACGAUGAAUGGCUGAGGGUGGAUCUGAAAAACGACGAGACGAAUAGAGAAAAUGCGAGGGUGAACGUGGAUUUUGAACAGCCCGAGUUUGAAAGUGAGAAUAAUAGAAGGGACUUGGAUAGCGGGUACGGUGCAGACUUGGAAAAGGAUCAUGCUCUGCCCACUUCGGCCCCCGCAGCGGAUAUACUCAAAAAUAACAACAACAAGAACUACAACAACCCCAAUAGGUAUAACAAUGAUCGGUUAAAGCCUGAUUUUAGUGGUAACAACCCGGAACACGUUACUGAGACCGUUUACAAGACAACCACAUCGUAUAACCUUCUUAGGAACAUACGACCGACGAAGUCGAUGUACGGCAAAGAACCUCCGAGUUACGUACCUCCCAGCAGGGCUUUAUUCACCCCUCCUCUACCGCCUGAGUACCAAAACCCUUUCGCGGACAAACCGACAUUGAGAGGUACGAAUUCCGAUGGAUUCGCUAACCGAAGGCCUAUACCACCACCUAGCUUGAUGCCUGCCAAAAACCUAAUUCCUUAUAGACCAGAUUUGCCUAAAGUCAACAUUGAGAAAAUACCAGAAAAGCCUAAUGAUCAACAUCGCACUCCGAAUCCGGCGCAUACACACCAAGACGGCAAAACGGAGAAGAAAAAAUCUCUGAACACACCAUCGCAGAACGCCAGAGCCGGAGAGUUCUAUGGAUUGAAUAGAAAUGUUAACGAGAGUAAUUUCGAGUAUGAAAAGACGUACGUACCGUCAAUUACUCGCAUAUUGAGCGGUUCUAACGGCAGGCAUGACGAUAUCCCGGAUAUAUUGCUGAGAACUGUAACUGCAACGCCAAAUGUCCAGCAACGAUUCGAACCAAAAGUCCCAAAAGUCAGGACUCCGGCUGCUGAGCCGAGUUUGAAAAAGCAAGAACCCGAGGAAAUCAAACCGAAAUUAGAGAUUCCAAAAAACGAGAAUGGCAACAAGAAGGAGGUAAUGCAAGAGCCGCGUCCCCCUGAUAGAACUGAAAGGGUAACUGUCAAAAAAGAUAAUUCGAUUUCGGAUAAGAAAAAUGGUGUCGAGGAUGUAACCACGCAAAUUUCGGACGUAUUGAAUCUGCCUAACGUGAAAGAAAAAGAUAUGAACAAGGAAAUAAACGUAACAAUGGCCAAGUCUGACGAGAUAUGGCUUAUCUGUUGGAACGUACACGUGUAUCUGGUGGUGUUCGGUUAUAUUCUCCUAGCUGUAUUCUCGAUCUAUAAAUUAAUUAGAUAUGAAAAUGACCCGCAUAUGUUCUCAAAGAGUUACUUCCUCACAAUUCAUUUGAUGCUGACUGUGAUCUGUAUACUGCGUAUAUUUUACCUCAUUUACGAUCCAUAUAAUUUAUAUAACUCUUUUAAUGUGUUCCUGUACGAUUUUUUGCAUAAUUUUCCUUUGAGCUUGCUGGCGACGACAUUCGCUGUUCUAAUUUUGUUCUUGUUAAAGAGGACAUUGACACAUUUAGAAGUGAAAACCAGACCGGUAUUCCUUGUCGUUUUCGCUCUACUUCACAUAGCUUUAUGCUUCUGCCUGAGCAUAGUCGAAUCUCUAGGUCAUCUGGACAAAGCAAGCUUGACCAUAUGCAAACCAGUGUUUGUCCUACUAGCCUGGGCGUUAGGUUUCAGCUACUUAUACCUUUAUAGAAUCAUUAAGAAUGUUCUGGCUAAGAAGAGCCAGAAUUUGUCUGAAAUGUGCACUCAAAAUAUAUCGUAUGCUAGUCAUAUUACUAUAGCAGUAGCUUUACUUUUCGUGCUACUGGGACUUGUUCAACUAUACGCUUUGUUCUUUAUUAAAAUUGACAGGUUUAGCAAGGAGAUUAAACACCACUGGAUAUUGUGGGGUUUCGAGUUGUCCGUAAGGUUUAUCGAAAUAUCUAUUAUAACGUUGUUAGCUAUUGUUGUAAGCUUAAAAAUGUCCCAAAGGGAAAAGCAAUCCGCAGGUGGUUUUCCCUUAUUCCCUUGUACUACCAGUGAUUCUAGUACAGAUAAUAUCUAUCCGAACAAUUGUAAUACGAAUCCAAACGCGUUGAACUACAGCAGGCAGGAAAUGGUAUUAGAUAAUAUACCUACUGAACCUGUAGAAAGGCCUAACCUCCUGAAAAACGCCUUCCAAAACGACUCUUUUGACAAGAAGUCAACGUUGGAAAGGUAUCAGAGCGAUAGCGAAAGAGGAAGUAACUUUGACAGAUUCGAAAGACCAAAAUGGGGCUCUGACAGGUUCGAUCCACGCCAAAAUGUCGAUGGUUCCAGCUUAACUAAUUUCAUACAACCAAACUCUGGAAAUUUCGAAAGAGGUGCUUACAAUUCGGUACAAAAUUCUCUCAGAAACGAACGGUCAUCAGCUAGAAAAGCUGCGUAUGACUCUGCUAAAUACUACACCAAACCCAAGUAUGACCUAGAAUAUAGUAACGAAGACUACCAGCAUGACAUGUUCGCUGGUAACAACACCGAGAGGAAUAUCUACAGCGAGCCUGUAGAUAACCCGAAUGGGCAUCAGUACGAAAGGACGAGACACGAAUUCGAACGGUCAGAUUUUGACAGACGUUCGAGGAACAGCUCAAACACCUCAGGUCGCAGGUCGACUGGCAGGGCCAGGAAAAACCAUCCCAGGCCUCAUUUGGGAGUCCAAACGCUGCCUAAUCAUGAGAGACACCCGGUUAACGACUCGAUGCUGGUUGACGAGCAAGGUUUUGUCAGGUUCAGGCACAUGCAGGAAGAAAUGGAGCGCGAUAAGCCUAAGAAAAUGAAGCGUCAGAUGAGUGACCAGAAUCACUAUAGUGAUGCGUAACUGUACGUUAGAGCUAAAGAAAAACGCACAGAUGGUGAGGUAUUUUUGUAAAACGUCAAGAUAGAGUACAGGGAUAUUAUAGUAGUAGCCAAUGCGAUUGAACGACUUUAUUGGAACAGAAAGGAUGUUACUUUCAUAAUCGAAUACUGCAUCGAUAUUAUAGAAAUAGUGUAGUUAUAUCUUAGAUAUUAAUGCCCAUUUUGAUGUUCUAAAUUUUGAUCGAUUUUUUUUCGCACCAAUCAUCCCUUUUCUAAUUAUACCAGACUAGCCUUAAUUUUAAAAUUUUACUGGCGUGUAUUAUGUAUUUUUAUACAUAUACACGAAGUUGUAUAGCUUCCCUAUGAAAUCGCCUUUCCAUCAGUUCAGUGAAAUAUGAACUCAUUUCACAUUAAGUACUUUCUUACCAAUCUACGAGAAACCCGUAUUAAAUUGAUUGGAAAAGUUUUCAUUUGGUAAGUUGUCGUUCAUAAUUUUGAUAUUAAAUUACUUCAUAUCUCUUUUCAACCAAACUUUUUUGAUAUUAAUGGUUCACUUGAUCGCAUUGGUAUACAAUUAGUAGAAUUAUCUUCUGAAAUGGGAGUAUUGUAUCUGUUUAGAUAUAAUUAGUCCUAUAAUAAAGCAGGCACAAGUCACUAAUAAGGGUUAUCGACAAAAUCAGCAGACAUGUCACACGAUAAGUAUUCUGUAAUCCGUCAUUUUUUUUCAUCGAAUACGAUAUUUUUCGACCGUGUAGCCUGAACGUCAGUAAUUAUUGAUAAGAUUACGUAGACGUUGUAUGCUAUUUUUCGGAUGAGUGUAUCUGCAAGAGCGAAUAUGCUUAGCACACAACAACUUCAGAAAUAGGAAUAGGAAAAAUGAACGGCUGCGGGAUUCGAACCCGCAACUCCUCCAUUCCAUGGAGCCGACCUAACCACUUGAACGUCGCCAGAUAAGGCACCAAGGAGAGAACAAGAAGCAGUGGCGAGGGAAGGAUUUAAUGUUUGUCUCUAACAGUCCUGGAAGUUGGUUGACAGCAGGGUUAUGUUUUAAUCAAAACGUUUAAAACAAGUGUCUUGAACACUGUUUAAAACAAUGAAGGUGUUUUAAACCAAUUUGUUUUAAACAGUUUAAAACAUGUUUUAAACACUGUUUAUUUGUCGUUUGUGAAUUAUUCAAGUUUUAAAAAUUUUUUUAAGUAUGAUUAAAAUUGAUUUUAUUUUGCAAAACGAAACUAAAAGGGCCAUAGGUUAAAACACAUAGGUACUCAAAAAGAUACUUUAUUUUUUAUUAAUUAAUCAAACAUGAAACUAGGGACCUAAUACUAGUGCAAAAAAAUGUUUCUUAACGAACGAGUGAACUUAAUAUUGAACUCUAAUACUAGUACACUACAAGUAGCAGAGUAAUCAUAUAAUAUGACUAUGUAUUCACUUGUAUAAUAACAUUAAAUAAGUUACUUAACAAAUUUCUAUAAAAGUACACAACCCAUCUUAUUUAACAAAAAAAUCCUUAAAACCAUAUUUUUAAAAUUUGAAAUCAUGGAAAAUGUACAUAGAAUACAUUUUUAGUUUUAACUACUUUUUACAGAACUCCAAGUAAAAAAAUGUAUCUUUUUCACAAUUCUCCAAGCUGCUCAACUUUGAGAAAAUAGGUUCGGUAGAAAUAUUUUGCUCUUUUAUUUUCGAGCCAGCAUUGGCAUCAGUCUCCUUAAAAUAUUUCCAUGCGAAAUCCUUUCUCCUCCAUGUCCUUGCCUUUCUUUUUUGCUGAUCUUUAAUGCACAAAAAACAAAACACACCACCACGCUAAACACCUUCCCCGACGUCCGCACGGUAGUUUCCCGACAUCCACUUUUAAAUUAGAGAUGUGCUCUGAUAGAGCUGGAUCAAAAAUAGUAAUAACACUUUCAAGGAACUUCAUUAACGUUGCUAGAUUAUAUAGGCAAUAGUUCUUUAAUUUUUUUUACCAAUUUAAACUUUUUUUCAGCUAAAUUUGAAUGUUUUAAACAAAAAAAACUUUUUUUUAACAUGUUCUUUUUCAACCCUGAUUGACAGCUGGUGCGGUAGACUAAUUGAUUUGGUCGGCUCCGCGGAAAGGCGGAUAUGCGGGUGCGCCCAUUUUCCCUUUCACUUAGGUUGUUGUUUACUAAACAUUCUCGCUGUUACCGUUACAGUUGUGAUACCGUGGUGUGUGCCCUCAAGACGGCGUGGUGCAACUAGAAAGCGAUUGGAAAUACAUGACCAAUCCGGUUUGUUUCGCUUUAACUCCGCCAAAUGGCAGCUUUAGAAGGAACAGUGGCGUGGGUAGGAUUGAAUCAGUCGAUCCUGAAGGUUGUUUGGCAGCUGAUGCUGUUGACUAAUUGGUCAGGUCGGUUUCAUGGAAUCGAGGAGAUGCAGGUUCAAAUCCCGCCGGAUCACAUUUUUCCUAUCUCUCAAAAUGUGUAAAUUACGUAGAAGUCUACUGACACUGACGGGAUCGUCAGUAAAUACUGAUGGAUUACAGGAAAUUCUGAUCGUAUGUCGUUCGCCUUCGAUAAUAAUUGACGACUCCAAUGCUAGGAGCGGUUGAGUUCAGUUUUUAACUGAUCUAAGUUAUCCACAUGUUCAUACAUAGUUUCAGUUUCGUCCAAUGGAAAAACACUUUAUCAUGAUAUGAUCAAGGCUGAACUCCAUGUCCGUGCCUUGUGCUUGGUUUUCCGUACAACUUCAUAACAUCGCCUGUACUUAAAUUUACGCAAGUACAUUAAUAAUGUAGGAGAAAAAAUAUCAUUUUCUGUGUGUUUGUUUCUUUAGCUCGUUGACCAUUUCUACGGAACGAGUCAAAAUUAUAUUUUGGCCUAAUGUUUGAAGCCUUUGUAGUGUAAGCAAAAAUAAGCCAAAAUUAGAAUUUUAAACCUAAAUGAUGACGGUUUACGAAAACGCUAAGCAUUGAUCAAUGUUCUGUUUUGACUUGUUUAAGAAGGUGAUAAAAGAUAUUUAAUACUCUUGCAUUUCAAUGUUGAAAUUGAAAUAUGGAAAAUAACACUAAUUGUUAGAAAUAGUAUAUCGUAAAUUAUAUUUAAAAGAAUAUACUUUAAACUUGUAGUGAAACACAUGUAUAUUGCAAAUUUUGUACAUAGAUAAUGUUAAGAACUAUAAUUUUAAUUUUUAUAAUGAUUUUAUACAUAAUUUAUACAAUACAGGGUGUCCAUUAAAACAAAAUGACGGCAGCUGAAUAGGUUAUAAAUUAUGAUCCUAGUUCAAAAAAAAGUUGAAAGAUAUGCAAAAACAAAACCCGAUGUAACAUUCUGUAGUACCCUGUAUAUAUAUUUUUAUUUAUAGAAAAUGACUGAAUUUGUGUAUUUAUUGUGGAAGUAAUUCGGGCAAAAUUACAAAAUUUAUUAACCGUCCUGAAUCAUGAAAGAAUAGUCUUUGGAACAGUUUACUCAACUGUAUCUUUUGUUGACUUCUUAAAUGGCAUGUUGUAUGUCUGGAAAAAUGUUGCAGUAAUUAGAGACUACCCUUAAAUAGUAAAUAGAUGUUAUUUACAACGUGUACAUUCAUACCUCAGUUAAAGCUAACCAUACACGCAACACUAGCAGGUCUUGUUCAUGAAUGCUGACUUGUGUAUGAUCGACUUGAACUGAGGUAAAAAUGGCACUAUAUAGUUCGAAUAUCAUGUUUGAUCUUUUCUUGUAAUGAUCACUGCCCUAAUGGUUUUUUUUAUAAUAUUCUAACUGGGAGAUUAUCACAACUUUUGAAUGAUCUUCACUAGUUUUAGCAAGACUUCUAGAGAACUGAAUAGCAUAAGACAAAUGUUUUAUCAACUAUUACUUUAUGUAUAAGGCUGUGUAGUGACGUGGUGAGUAUGAGUUACAAGCGAGAUUUUUGCCAGACAUACCUUUUAAUGUACAUGUUCUUUUUUGUAAAUAUGUAUUAAUAUUUGCCAAUCGUUGAACACUUGCCAUUUUAUAUUUACUGCGUUUUAUAGAGAUUACGGACUUUAUUUUUGUAUAUUUUUUACAGUAUUAUUCAUUUUUACAGUAUUUAUUACAUCGACUUGUGCAAGUACGUUUUUUUUUGUUUCGUUUUCUUACGCUUCAGAUAAAUUUCAACUCAACUGCUUAAUUUGACCAUAUCCAAAUCUAUUGUUUUUUACAUUCCCCGUUUUAUAUGGUGUUAAAUGUUUUUAUCAUAUUUGUUCCUGUGCAACGUACUUAUGAAACGGCUUUUUCAGAUUAUUGUUUUUUGCCAGUAUUUUCCCGAAAGCUCUAUUUGUGUAGUUUAGAAAAAUGACGUUUCAUUUUUGGAUGUCUCACAAAAGAUGUUGUUUUUAAUAUAUACGCAAGAAUAUAGCGAUUUUUAAAAACAUUUUAAUUGUAUAUAUGACAGUUUUCAAAUUUUUUAAAAGUCGCAAUGUUAGAGUUAAC